CCCUUGAUGGUUUGACACCUCUAAUUUAUGUAAAAUAAGAUGCGACGCCGGGAACUCCAAACUAUUCAACUAAAGCUAUCAGAGCUCAAGGAGUAUGAACAAGCCAAGCUCGAACGGAUCAAGCUCAAGACACGCCAGCAGGUGGAGACGCCUCGCACGCCCACCCCUCCCUCGGAAAGCAUUCCUGAGGCUAGCGGCGCCAAUGAGAGCGAGGAAUAUGCCAAGCCCACGUCGACUAUGUAACUCCCUCCAAUUCUGGCUUUGCAGACACCUUCGACUGGAACCGCAUCAUCCUCACAAUCUCGCUCAACUACCAAAUAUGUACAUGUACAUGAAUCAUUUUGCUAAACAGAAUCGGGUUCUCUGAAGCGAAGCGAUUUUUCCAUCAAUGCCCUCACGGAAUUUCGAUCGACAGUCUAUAAGCUAGUUAGUCUUUAGUUAUUAAGCACUCAUUUAGUUUAUACUAGAAACAAACCCCAAACUAUUAAACGUAAGCAAUCACACAAGAAAAAAACGUAGACUAUGCAGAAAUUUCACGACGCCACCUGCAGUUUGGGGAGAAUGUUCAAAGAAUCCCCUGAUGUGUGCACGCAGACGAUGUGUGCCCGCGACGAUCAUUUGCCGACUGGCCGUCUGGGCACCUCGUCUGUCUGUGGAGAGCAAAAAAAUUGAUUUUUCAUUUAGUGUCUUAUUCGUUCGACCCUGUACACUUCCACAGCGAGGCCUUUUCUGUAUUACCGCAUCAGACGCGGACGUAAAUUGAUUAAAAGGGCGUUUGAUUUCCGAG